AUGAUGUCUCAUUUAGGUUCACGACCUCAUAACUCAAGUGACAAUGAUAAACCGCCCAUUAUAUUCAAAACCUCGAAAGUGAUUUCCAAUGAUUUGGGAUUACUGAUUGCAGGUGCCGAAAGUAGUCCGAUUUCCUCAAUUGGAGUGUAUCAAAGUAACUUGUAUGUAGGCACAAAGGGUGGAACAGUAAAACAUUACCAUUUAUUUGAAGAUGCACCGGAGUAUAUGCUAAUAUCGGAGGUUCCAGUUUCCUCAUCCAGUGCGGUGUUGAAGAUAUUGAUUUUGGCUGAUGUAGAACGAGCAUUGAUACUAUGUGGCAGUGUAGCGAGCGUCUACUCGCUCCCCGAGUUGUCGCCUAUCAACAUUGGGAAACUUAAAGAGGUAAAUGACAUUCAAAUAUUCGAGACUGCUGAGGAUGGCACCAAUGUAAUAGUUUUAGCUAGUAGUAAAAUACGAAUAGUUAAAGUAGGUCGAGACCUGCUUAAACUUAUUUCUGAUUUAAAUUAUUCUAAUGCAUUGAAAGGUGUACCGAUUAAGACGUCCAGCUCAUCUUCAUCUAACAGUAAGAGCUUGGCAUUGGUUGCGAACAAGAAGAACUAUGACAUAAUCGAUCUAAAACAAAUUAGGAAGAUCCCAUUGUUUGAGUACACACAAGAAAGCGAUGGUCAACUGGUACAGAGUCUGAUAAUACCGCAUAUUGUCCCAUUUAUUGAGGAUAUGAAGAAGGGAAAGGAAGAAUAUAUGCUUACUAUCAAGUCUGAUGAACAAACUUCGAUAGCCAUGUUCAUCGACACCAGAGGAAAUGUCACUAGGGGGACAUUAUCUUGGCUAGACGCUGGCUACCCUGAUAGCGUAGUAAUUGAGUGGCCACAUAUCAUAGGAAUUUUCAACGGUGAUAAGUUGAUUGUAAACUCGUUGGAGAGUCUAGAAGUAGAGUACGAAGUAGGUGUGCGUAAAUUGAUCGAGGGCCUGGAGAAGAAUGAAAUUGAGGACAAUUCAGAGGAGCUUGAUUCGAUUGAAGAUAAAAACGAAGAAGACACCAAAACUCAAGAUACUCCAAAUGUUCCCGAUAAUGAUGAUACUUCAGCUAGUAAAGAUACAAAUACAGAUGAUAAGGAUGAUACGUCAGGGACGCAGCAUACGGACCAUUCUCCAGCACCAAAAGAUAGAACUGGAAUUUCAGGGACAGAAGGUCUUACCACGGAACCAGCAGAUUCCAAGAAAAAUGAAGAUGCUGGCGGUAACGUGUCUACUAAUGACCUGCCCAAGCCUUUAACAACUCACAUUACCAAGCUGUAUUGCACAGUUAAAAUACUUGAUAACGCACUCCUCCAAUCCAUUGCGCAGGUUGACUCAUCAGGAACGCAAAUCAGCACAAGCAAUAUCUCCUCUGAUUCUCCGAUGAUAGCAAGUAACUUAUUAUUGUAUGAUGAUUACCAGGUUUGGCUAUUGCAUACAGAGAGUAUAUUGGCUAAUGUUGAGAACCAAAUGAUGGAAAUUAACAACGUGGAUGACGUCGAGACUCUCAAGCAUAAGGCAAAGGUCUUAUUCGACACACUUAAAAAUGAUACAACGGUAUACCAAAAAGAUAUACUAAAACUCAAAACCCAAUUACAAUUAAUAAUAUCAUUACUUUUAAAAGACGACUUGUUAACUAUGGAUAUUCUUUUCAAUGAAAUUGCUGAGAAAGAAAAACUAAUAAUUGACCCAAAAUUCGUCUUAUAUCUAUUUGAUAAAGAUCCAAAGGUUGACUUAGAUGAUAUCCUGUUUUAUGCCAGUGUAUCUAAAAUCAUUACAAAAUUGAACAUCACGUCAAAGAAGGCCGAGUAUGAGAAACUCCUUGGAAAAUAUAUAAAAGAAUUAUAUAUUAGGCUAACUAAAGACGUUGCUAGUGGGAAUGAGGUAGAUAUGACGUUAUUGUCUAUUUUGAGACAAAAAUUAUAUCUCCGUGAUGAAAGUUUGCAAAAUAGUAAAGAGAUAAUAGAGUUUAUUGAUGGAUUUGAUAAAGCUAUGUUUAUUAAAAAUGAUACUCAAGAUUCCUCGAAUAAGGUGAUUAGAUCACAUAUGGAUAAGAAUCGAAACUACUUGGCACUUAUUCAUGUUUAUAAAGUAUCUCUGUCUGAGCUCAAACCUACGGCGAAAUCAAUUAUUGCUGAAGAGAUCUGCAGAAUAAUCUUGAAGUUGUUGAAAAAAGAAUACGUGGAUAAAGAUUUAGACUAUGAUGCUGAUUUCUCGUCUUUAGCUGAUACAUACUUACUCCAGCUAGUAUCCAUCUAUAAUGAAAAGGUAUAUGCCACCUAUCUUCUAGAGAUUUUAAAGUUUAACCCGGAGAAGGGUCUAGGUUUUAUGAGGAAGAACAAUUCUGCCAAAUACAAAACUAUCCACAAGCAUAUUAUGAGUGAAAUAAACUCCAAUUCAUCCCCGGAAAUUUCAAAACUAAAAAUUGAAUACUUAGAAUCUACAAUUCAAGACACUCAUCUUCAAACUGGAUAUGAUCAAUCAACUUUUGAUGAUUUAUUGUCAGAGCUUUGCCGUAGAGGGGAAGCUUUAGCGAAUGAUACCAAUAUUAAUAAUUUCCAGGUCUUACAAGAGACUUACAAACUAGAAAAUCGAUUGGAUGACCCUGAAUGGCCAAAGAUCAGCUGGAUAGACUACUUGAGAGUAAAUAUGGAAAGAAGUGAGUGUAAGGAAUUUGCAGCAAACUAUUUGAAGAUUGCCGAACUCUUGCUAGCACGUCGUGAGAGCAGCAAUUCAUAUAAAGAAGACAGCAAUAUAUUGACUCUCAUUGAGGGACAACCUUCUGUAUAUUCAUUCUACAAUAUUGCAUUUGACACGAAGAUUGAAAAGUUACUAGAAAUGUCAGACUAUUCCACUGCUGAGUUUUUUUCAAUAAACGGUAGGUUACCCUCUCCAUUGAAUCCUUACUAUUUCAAGGAUGAUUUCCGCCCACCACAUAACAUAUCAUUAGAGUCUAAAAAGUCUAACUUGAAAAUAGUAUUCCAAUAUUAUACUGAAGGAAGUGAGAAUUUCGCAGCUAUUAGACAUUUCAUUCAAAGUUAUGGGACAGAAUAUUUUACCAUGUUGGAAAUUCUUUCCUUACUCCCUUCUUACAUUCCAGUAGUACAGAUUCAGGAGUAUUUGGCAGAUUGUCUUAUUGAAUUGGGUUCGGAACAUAGAGAUGUUCUUGUAAAAAAAAUUGUAAGUAGAUCACAAGAAAAGCAUAGAAAGAAAAUCUUGAAACAAUAUCAAACGGCAGAUCUAGACGACUGA